AAAUUAAAUAAAUAGAUUCAAGCGUCUACUAAGAAGUCUUUACCCUAAAAAAUUAUUUAAAUUGAUAGAAUAAUUUGUUACGAUUAGUUAAUAAUUGUUCAGGUUUUGGAAUGACUUCCGAUGGAGGCAAGCGGUCUCAAGCGUCGUCAAUCCCACCUAGAAAAAUCAAUUUACAGAAAUUCGCGGAGGCUCGAGCUCCUGAGUUGGAUAGUCUUCACUCCAUUGUGUCCAAUAGACUGAAUAAUAAUUUUCGUUCUCGUCGAAACAAGAGAAGAAGAACUACUGCCCAUGACAAUCAAGUCGCAAAGAAGAGGUCUAGGAAGAGGUGGAAAUUAGGAGUAGUGGAUAAAAGCAAUGGCUCUGAUUUAGGAAAAGAUCACAAGAAAGUUUCGCGUCGCAUUCGUAGGAGAGUAGAGCUUAAAAAGAAUCCCGAAAGUGGUUUCUCUACUUCUGGUGACGGGACGAAGAGGCUGAGAACUCAUGUAUGGCAUGCUAAGCGGUUUACCAUGAAAAAGUUGUGGGGUUAUUACCUUCCCCUAGGUUUGCAGGGCAGAGGAAGGGGUUCUAGGGCUUUGUUGAAGUGGUGCAAAGAAGGAGUUGUUGUACAUGAUGCAAGCCAUUACAUCGCUGUACAAUUGGAGGGUCCAGAGGAUUCAUUAAUGUCAAUACUACAGACGGUACUAGUGCCUUCCUUGUCAUCUGAAUCCGAAGAUAUUUCCCAUUCUAUUUUGUCUGGUGUUAUCUAUGGAAGCGCUAUGCUACAUCAUGUUGGAGCACCUUUUUCUCAGUCUAUUGCUCCUGUGACCUAUAUGUGGAAACCUUCUCAUGAACGGGAUGGAGAAGGUAAUGCUAAUUGUGAUAAUGCUGUUGAGUGUUCUUCAUGCCUUCGCCAGCUUUGGUUGUGGAUACAUGCUUCGGCUUUUGUUGAGGGAUAUGAUGCCCUAAAAUUAGCUUCUCAGAAGCAGAUGAACGAGACUGGUGCGUUGAUAAAUUGUUUUUCACUUGAGGGUCAACUUGGAAAACUGGAAGUAAUUGGAUCAAAAACAUUUCAACUUCUUCAAAAGACAUUGCAUCCUGUUUCUGGUAUUUCAAAAAAAUCUUGGCAAUUGAAGAAAUGCUCAAGUUCCAAGGCUGAUGAUGAUUCUCAAGAUAAAGAGUUUUCUCUAAUUGAAAAUGACGAACAUAUUUCUUCUUGUGCAAUUUUGUCUCUUAUUGUUGACGAUCCUCGUCCAUUGCCAGAUGAAAGUAUUUCAGGGAAAAGCUUUUUCAACUAUGAAAGCAUUUGGGACGCUACCAGUAGGAUGAGUCUCCCUAUGGAAGAAAAUGUUCUUUGCAUGGAAAAACAUCACCGGCAUAUGGCUUUUCUUCACCUUGAUGACCCAAAAUCAGGGACAUGGAAGCCUUCAAACAAGGCACAGUGUUCUAGAACUUGCCCUAUUAUGCUUCUGAAAAAUAAAAACCAAAAAGGCUCACCUAUGAGAUGGUCUGUUAUACUUCCCUUAAGUUGGGUCAGAGUCUUCUGGAUUUCUAUUGUCUCCAAGGGAGCUCAUGCAAUAGGUCUAAGGGAGAAACACUGGAUUGCCUGCGAUACUGGACUUCCAUACUUUCCCUUGGAUUUUCCUGAUUGUAAUGCAUAUGCAUCCUUUAUGGCAACUGAAGCUGCUGCAUCUGACCAAAAAGCAGAAUUUCGUCCUGCUACUGUUAGACCUUUUAAAGUUCCCAUUCCACCCCCAUGGAAUAUUGUUUGCAAUUCUUUUAACAAAGCAGCAAUUGGAGAGCAAGAUGCUAAAUUUUCAAGUGGCAAUAACAUUGUUGAUGACAAUUCUUGGCCAGAGACAACAUGCUCUAGAAUUGAUAUGACCUCAUUUGUCAGUCAAGAUAAUUCAUUUGAUAGAAUUGUAGCAAGGACAUCCAGUGCACUGACUUAUUUUAUGAAUCAAAUCCAUGGUGAUCAUUUGCUUCUGUUUCCUCAACUUUCAAAUCAGACGACAAGUUUUAUGAAGUUAAUGAAAAAUGAAAGCAAGCUUGGCCAGGACCAAAAUGGCAUUACUGAAAUUAAUUACGAACAUAAAUUAUGUUUCCUUAGAGUUCUUCUCCAUGCUUACAAGGAGGGUGUUUUCGAAGAGGGAGCAGUUGUAUGUGCCCCUUCUUUGACUGAUAUUUCGUUGUGGACUUCAAGUUUUGGAAGUAAUGAAAUUGGACUUCAAAUGCCUGAGUCUUCGGUGAGAUCAUAUUUCAAAGAACUAUCUUCUGGCGAGUGGGAACUCCAAAUACGAGAGGACCCUGCUAGUAGAGAAUCACAUCGGUGGCCAAUUGGCUUUGUGACAACUGGAUUUGUUCGAGGGAGCAAGAAGCCAGUGGCAACGGCUUUCUGUGAGGCAGUUUUACUAGCUCGUCUUAGGGAGGAGCAAUGGAAUGAGAUGCCAGUGAAACGGAGGAGGAAAGAGAUAUAUGUACUUGUUAGGAAUCUAAGAUCUUCAGCGUACCGACUAGCCCUUGCGACCAUUGUCCUGGAACAACAGGAAGAUGAUGUGAAUUUCAUGUGAAAUGCUGCCCACUUGUAUAUUUGGAUAGAAUGGAAUACAAACAGUGACGAGUUGAGAAUUGUUUUCUGAUUUAUGUCUUCUACUGCUUGAGGAAGUAGUUUUAUAGUUCCCAUCCACAUGCCGCUGUGCAGAGAAAUUUUAGAUAGUAAGAUUAUACCUUGAUAUUUUACGAGGCGGCUUGUAAUAGUGGUGCUAGGCCGAGGCAUAAAUUUAUGCAUCAGUGUGAAGUUGGACAAGACACGAUGUACCAAAUUCAUUUAAUGAUAAAAAAUUUUGUGGAAGAUACGCUUCGGCUGAUAUCAAACAGUUAUCUGUAGUUGGCAACAUU